CAAAAAUCGAAUCAACUCGGCCACCACCUCUUGAGGUUUCUCGUUGAUCGAUUCCAUACAAAAACCCCCAAACUCUCCUCCCUUCUCUGUACGCUCUUCUUCCGAUUCGCGAAAGAUCACCAAAUAGGAACUGCAGCAUCCAAGAGUUUCUGGAGAGUUUGAAUGAAGUUUUGAUUGGAAUCUAGGGUUGUUCUUCCAAUAAGGUUUUCCCGAUUUUUGAGGAUAAUGAGUGCCAUCAACAUCACAAACGUCAGCGUAUUGGAUAAUCCAGCGCCUUUUGUUAGCCCUUUUCAGUUUGAGAUUUCGUACGAGUGCUUGACUUCUCUCCAAGACGAUUUGGAAUGGAAACUUGUCUACGUAGGCUCAGCAGAAGAUGAGACUUAUGAUCAAACUCUUGAGAGUGUGUUUGUGGGGCCUGUUAAUGUUGGCAACUACCGCUUUGUCUUGCAGGCUGAUCCUCCAGAUCCAUCGAAGAUCCGGGAGGAAGAUAUAAUCGGUGUCACUGUGCUGUUGUUGACAUGUUCGUACAUGGGUCAAGAAUUCUUGAGAGUUGGAUAUUACGUUAACAAUGACUAUGAAGAUGAGCAACUCAGGGAAGAGCCUCCAACUAAGGUUUUGCUCGAUAAAGUCCAGAGGAAUAUACUCUCCGACAAACCUAGAGUCACUAAAUUCCCUAUCAAUUUUCAUCCAGAAGACGAGCAGCCUGCUACUGCUGCAGAUCCUCCUCCUCCUACUGAACAAUCUGAUGAACAACAACAACCUGAUGACAAGAGUGCUGAAACUCAAGUUUUGCCUGAUGAGCCACCAAAACCCCAUGAAUCCUGAUUCUUCCUUAAGCCAAGGUCUAGUUGAAAGAAAAAACUGGAUGAAAAAGCUGUCAUCUCCAAGAUCUUUUCAUUUUGUUAAAUCAAUCACCAAACAUUAUCUGGAAGUUUUGUCUUGUCUAGGGAAGUGGUUCCUUACAUGUUUGAAUGUGUUUUGGGCAAAGGUUUAAUCGAAAGCAAAACAAUACGUUCCAAAUCAAAAUAACGUUGAGUGUAUUGAACAUUCAAAAUGUGUUUGUUAUGUUAUGUACGAUGGUGUAACAUGAGCCAAUUUU